UUCUUUUUUUCUUUUUUUUUUUUUUUUUUUGAGGGGCUUCCCCACUUUUCUUUUCCGUCUUCAUCCCCAUCUCACGGCAUAUGGGUCCGGCGUUGUGAUUUACAGACUUCGACAAAAGAAUAUCAUGGAUAACUAGCACUUGAUUAGCGGUUGGUUUGGUUGGUCGGGUCAGACAGGAGCAUUGGGCGGUUGCAUGGGACGGUGCGGUGAGGAGUUGUGUCUUUUUGGUUGCUUUUUCCUUGGUUCGGUUUCUCUCAGUUUGACAACAACGGACAUCAUCAGGUCGGAACGGGACGGACAUCUGUGCGCUAUCACAGCAUUUACCCCGAGUGCGGCCUCGACGGGAAUGGUAUUUGGAUGGAGGAUUCAGUUCUACCAUGGAGGCAUGAACGUGUAUUGGAUAAUGUAGUUACGCAGAGCAUCGCACACAUUGCGCUUGCUCCUUUCUCGCUCGCGCUCAUCUCCCCUUCCUUCCGGACUGGAGGGUGGGAUGGGUGACAGAGCACGACAUAGCAGACUUACAAACCUGAUCUCUUUUGUCAGAUCAUUAUCAUACC